AUGUCAGCAGCCCAUCUAUUCGAGCGCGAGCCGACUAAACCCGUGGGCACUCCAUUUGCCAGCACUCCGACACCACCCAUGGUUCGUGUUCUUAUUCGCCGCUUGCCUCUGAACACCUCUGAGGAAUCAUUACGUUUGAUGGUUGUGUGGUCUAAGGAACUGGCCGAUGUCGAGCUGCUUCCCGUUGACAAGUCCGAGGACGACGGCUUUCGCUCAGCCCUCUUGCGAUUCAGAAGUAUGUCCGGGGCACUAGAAGCCAAGAAUAUGCUGGAUGGAAGGUCUAAUAUUUCCAACGACGCCGAAAUGAUUGUGGAAGUCUUGUCGAACAGUCCUCCUACAGCGAGACGGAACACUACCGCCACCACCGAGCAGUUGUCUGCUAUGCCGCCGGUGACUUCAUCGGCUGGCUCUGCACCUCUUCCAGCAUCUCGACAACCCCCGCGCUUCAACGGCUUUCAGCCUCUAGACAACAGUGUCUCGCCUACUUCGAACGGUGCAUUCCCCCCUCACGAGUUCAUUCAUCCCGACGCGAACUCGCACUAUCAAAAUAUCUUCUCUCCUCAGUCACCAAUUGGGAACCAUCUGAGCGAGCGCCCAAGAAUAUCUGGCAAGUCGCUUAUUAGCAGCGAUUUUGGUGACGAUGACGAAACAAGCGACCUUCUCAAAGACCCCGUUGCCUAUGCUGAGAAUGGGGCAACCUCGCAGCGCAGAGCUACUGCACCUCAGAUUCCCAUCGGACGAAUGGCUGGAUUAUCCCUCAGCACGAACAACCACAGCCAGGCUGGGCCUGCUUCUCUUCCACCAUACAUGGGCCCGUUGUCCCCAGCCAAUGCCCCAGCACCUGGCCUUGCUUAUCCUGUCAAUGGUCACACCUAUCCACGACAUAACUUCCCCCCAGUCAACCCAGCUGACCAGAACCCACCCUGCAAUACUUUGUACGUCGGCAAUUUACCUAUUGAUACAUCGGAGGAGGAACUCAAGGCUAUGUUUUCCAAGCAGCGGGGCUACAAGAGACUCUGCUUCAGGACAAAGCAGAACGGACCUAUGUGCUUCGUUGAGUUUGAAGACAUCUCCUUCGCCACGAAGGCUCUUCACGAACUCUAUGGACAGCUGCUCCAUAACAGUGUCAAGGGGGGUAUCCGGUUGAGCUUUUCAAAGAAUCCACUGGGAGUGAGGUCCGGCCAGACCCCAGGUCAGGGGUCGAAUAACUCUAUGGGUAACAUCAACGGCAUCAUUGGGGGUAAUGCAAAUGGGUUUCCCACUACGCAUGGUCCUCCUCCAGGACUGGCGGCACCACCUGGGCUAGGAACCGGUCGCGGCAACUACAACUUGGCUUCGUCUAUGAACACUGGCGGCAAUAGACCAUACAAUGCGUCUGGGUUCCCUGGGGGGCCUAAUCACCCAUGGAACGCGCCGUAUAACAACAGCGUCGCCACGGGACCUAAUGGUAACGGGCUCAACAAUAGCUCUUCCUUCUUCCCCAGAAAUAUGAUGGGGCGAUAA